AUGUGCGAGGCCAACCCGGAGGACGACGGAGCGCACGAGGCGGUGGGCCGGCCAAAGGAUAGGGUGUGCGCCAAGUGCGGCGGAGAGGAUGAGGAGGUCCUUGUGGCGCUCCGCAAUCGCGUCCUCUGUGGCUCGUGCGUGGAGCGGACGCUCUCGGCUCGGACACGGCGGACUCUUUUUCGGAGCCAAUUGACGCGAUCGGGUCUCCUUGCCUCGGGCACUACUGUUGCUCUGGCUUUUCUGGCGAACGAAGCUGCAGAGUAUGCCAAGAUCAAGUGGCGUGUUCAAGGCGUGUUCAUCGAUACUUCGCCUCAUCUCAAAGCUCUGGCCUCGGAUGAUGAUCGCGCUGCUGCUGCGGCUGCCGUGAUGGCCGCGGCAGACGCUCAGUCUCUCUCGCUUGACGUCACUACCAUCUCGGCUGAGCUCUGGCCUCACCUGCCGUCUGCAGAGGGUGUGGCACGAGUGGCGAGCAUGCUCGCCGCCGAGAAGACGCUCUCGGCCCGGGAAGAGCUUCUGCAUCUCCUCCGCCAUCGCGCGCUGGUGGCGUAUGCGCGGAGAGUGGGCGCUGAUGCCCUCAUCUGCGGCACGUCGGCGACGGCUCUGGCCGUCGACGCCUUUAUGAUGCUCGUCAACGGCCGCGGCGAGCAGGUGCCCGACGCCGUCAACAUGGAGGCUGUUGUCCCAGGCGAGCCGAACCUCUGGCUCCUCCGCCCGCUGCUGAGCAACCUGCAUGUCGAGAUGCGCGGCGUCGUCCGUGCCCGCUCCCUGCUCACCGCCGAGCUCCCGCCAUUCACCCGCGGGCCGUCGAUCCCAGCGCCGAGCGCCAAGGCCACCCUCCGCCAGCUCACCGCCACCUUUAUGGCUGGCUUGCAGGACGAGUUCCCGGCUACCCUCAACGCCAUCGCCAAGACCGUGCGCAAGCUCGACGUGCCGGACGAGGCGGCGUUUGACCCGCGCCUCUGCGCCCUAUGCUGCGGCCGGAUCGCGCUCCCGCGCAUUGCCGGCGCCCCGUCGUCCGGCCCGGUCCCCACCGGCGUCCACUACGGCGCCAUCGACGAGCUCCCGCACGCCGACGAUCCCGCCCCGCUCUGCUACGCCUGCCGCCAGUUUGCCGCUCCCUCCAUGUGA